UAUCAAUUAACAGUUUAAUUUAGCAUCGCAUAGUGGUGAUUUAUUCACGCAUAUUUAGCGAUCAAAUAUUUGUGAAGCAAAAACUUAACAGUUAAAACAUGCAGAAAAGAACAAUAUUAUGGUACAUGACUUUUUGGGGAUUUGGAAUGAAUUUCAUGCUACGAAUGAAUCUCAACAUAGCAAUAGUGUCUAUGGUUCGACCAAUUGUGAAAAGCGGAUUGAAAAUCGAAUAUUAUGAAAACCGUAGUGCUUUGCAGAAUACUUCAUAUCUAAUUGACACUAGUAUAGAUAAUGACAAAUAUUUCGAAUGGGAUGAACACCAACAAAAUAUGGCUAAGGGAUCAUUUUUUUGGUUACAUAUGGUAUUGCAAAUUCCUGGUGGUUUAUUAGCACAAAAAUUUGGCGCUAAAUCCAUAUUUGGCUACAGUAAUGGUUUAGUUGCUCUACUUACUUGUGUGAUACCUUUAUCGGCCAAAUUCAAUUUCAAAGCUUUGAUUUCAAUACGAAUUUUUCAAGGCCUCAUAGCUGGAUUAGCAUGGCCAUCAAUGCAAACGAUGACGGGUAAAUGGAUACCACCUCACGAAAGAAGCCGUUUCGUGUCAGCAUAUUUAGGUACAUCCGUUGGAACGGCUAUAACUUAUAUAGUAUGUGGUUAUUUAAUGGAUUGGUUGGGUUGGGAGAGUGUAUUUUAUAUUACUGGAUCAAUUGGUUUGCUAUGGCAUUUGUGUUGGACUUUUCUUAUAUAUGAUUCACCAAGAACGCAUCCAACUAUAACUGAGAAAGAACUAAAAUACAUAGAAAACAGUCUAGGCAACUCUAUCGUCAAAAAUGUAUCCUCUUCAACUCCUUGGAAAUCAAUUUUGACGUCUUUGCCUUUAAUAGUAAACAUUAUAUCACAAAUAGGUUAUAACUGGGGAAUGUACACAAUAUCUCUCCAAGCACCAACGUAUUUUAAAUUUGUGUUGGGUUUCAACUUGAAACAGACAGGUAUUUGGUCUGGUGUACCACAUUUGUUUCUAUGGCCAUUUGCAUUCAGUUUUGGUUGUUUAUGUGAUUAUUUAAUUAAAGCUAAUAUAAUGUCUAUAACGAACGUUCGCAAAUUAGCUUGCGUUUUCAGCAAUAUAGUCCAUGGCCUAUUUAUAUUGACGUUUGCGUAUUCUGGAUGUAACGAUAUCUUUGUCAUAUUUAAUUUGGUGUGUGCGGUGGUCGUAAGCGGUGCGAUUUCUUCAGGAGCACUUCCAGGAAUUGUCGAUUUAGCUCCAAAUUUUGCAGGAGUAUUGCAAGGCAUAAAUGGAACAAUUGUGAUAUUUUGCAUUAGUAUAUCACCAUACAUUGUAGGAUUGAUCACAUUUCAACAGCAAACCAUAGAACAAUGGAAAAAAGUAUUCAUUGUAUCAGCGGCAUUUUGUUCAUUAACAGGAAUUGCAUUUUUGAUUUUUGGAAGUUCUAAAUUGCAAAAAUGGAAUAAUGAGGAACAAAAGGACGUAAAGGAAAUUCAGCCUAUAGUAUGAUCGUGAGAAAUCUAAAAUCUAAAAAGUACGUCUAAGAAAUAAACAUUGUAUAAAUACACUACAAAGACAUGUAUUAAAAUUAUUUAAACUUUAAUACCAUAAAAAUUAAAAGUAAUAUUAUUUUU